GGACCUGCAAUUCGCCACGACCUACAAGCACUCUAGCCUAAGCCAUCUCUGUGCCACUGCCAGAAGUUGUCUCUCCUCUGACAUUGCAGUGACUGCCCAACUUUCCCCACUGCCCAACAACUCGUAAUGUGCCGAUUCGUAAUUUACAAAGGGACUUCGCCCGUUCAGCUGUCUCAUCUGUUGACUCGCCCGUGCCAUUCGAUCAUAAACCAGGCAUUUGACUCCCGGUUACGCCUUGAUCACCGUCGACCAAUCAACGGCGAUGGCUUCGGCGUGGGCUGGUAUGACGCAGUUCACGAUGAAGAGCUUGGGAGUCAACCUUGUGUCUUUACAUCGGUCACUCCGGCCUGGAACAAUGCCAAUCUCAUAAGGCUGGCAGAGAAGAUCAAGUCACCUCUAGUCUUUGGACAUGUGCGUGCUACGACGGCUGGCUCCCUUUCAUUGGACAAUUGUCAUCCAUUCGUGUUCGGCAAAGUCAUGUUCAUGCACAAUGGUGGUAUCGCUGAGUUCCCAAAGCUAAAGCGACGGCUGCAAGUCGACCUCCCCGACGAGAUAUUCAACACUGUGCAGGGCAAUACUGACUCUGAGUGGGCGUUUGCCUUGUAUCUCUCAAAGCUCCCCGAUCCCAACGCCAAAACAUUUACCCCAAAUGUUCUGAAGCAGGCAAUGUUUGAUACCAUUGCUUCUCUGAAUUCAUAUGCCGAAGCAUUUGGCAUCACUGAGCCGAGUUUGAUGAAUUUUUGUGUAACGGAUGGUGCAUCUGUAGUUGCAACCCGGUACAUAUCUUCGCGCCAAGAAGAAGCUGCUUCAUUGUGGUAUUCUUCUGGCACAACAUUCAGCGAAUAUGCCAAAGGCGGUCAUUACAAGAUGUCGAAGGCAGAUAAGAGGGAGAAUAUUAUCAUGGUUGCUAGCGAACCAUUGACGUUCGAAAAGGCAGACUGGCGCGAAGUUCGGACCAAUAACAUGAUCGUCAUCACUCCGAAGAUGAAUCUCUUGCAAAUUCCCAUUCUAGACAAGUUCUACGUGCCGCCAACAGACCCGGCGUCUUUGAACCGUGGAACAGAGUUUGCGGCAGCAAAGGGCCUCCUGAGCCCCCGGAGUGGUCUGAGACCUGUGGAAGGGACACUGGCAGCGCCACCAAUCAGUGUCUGAGCUUCUUUGAUUGUGUCAAUACUCUACAUAGUUGAUGAUAUCGUAUAUUCCUUUUAAAGGUCUAGUUUUGUAUUUAAUGAUAAUACACGGAUUGAAAGCCC